CACCCCAAGUCUCACCAUGAAGACCAUCCUCCUCCUGUGCUUCGUGGCGCUGGCUGUGGCCGACAAGGACGCCAAAAUCACCAACUACCAGUACGGCAUCGAGGAGGAUGGCUCCUACGAGGCCACGUACGAGACCACCAACGGGAUCUCCGCCAACGAAGACGGCAUCUCGUACCCGGGCAACGAGCCGGAGACCGGCAACUACGUGAGGAGUGGCUCCUACACGUACGAGUGGGAGGGCGUCACCUACACCGUCGACUGGACUGCCGACGAGAACGGCUUCCACCCGGAGGGUGACCACCUGCCCGACUUCAGCCACACCCGCGAGCACAUCGGAGGCAUUGCGGAAUAAACCGUGAGGAAACAAUCUUCAAAGGAAAAACUGAUCCGUCAUCAACUGCCGUGUCUUUGGAACCUUUGUCCUGUGUGCAUGUUGUCCGUUGAAAUCGUGCGAGUCCUUUGUGAAGCCCGUUGUUACUAUGUGAGGCAUAAUACAGACACAUUC